AUGGACUCGGAGACCCUAUCUAGACGCGUCCAUGAUGGCCCUCCACCAAGAAUAGAUGCUCGCCCGCCACCAACCGACAUUCAGCCCACCCUCAUCAGUGUCGAAGAUGGUUUCGCAACUUAUCGUGAGAAUUAUCGAAAGUCUACGAACCCCUUUCGGAAGCAAGAGGACACGUCUGACUCUGAUUCCUCUAUAUUACGAUCCUCAGAGUCGGCUCAAUCGAUUGGAAAGCGCAAGGACACACCAACCAGAGCUGUCUUUAAUGACUUGCACACUGCAUACUCUUCUAUCAUUUCUGGAACGGCUAGAAGUAGGGUUCGGAAUCCCUCGAACAGCCAAGCGAUUGCUGCCGAGGAGGACCACUCAAUUGCUUUGCAGGAGCUAGACCCUUCGAGUCGACCCAAGGAAGCUUCAUUCCGAGAAAACCCGCCAUUGGUCCCCUUUCCUGCGGUAUUGCCAAGAAGCAGAAGCUAUGAGAGAGGUCAUGACUUCCUGGGUGAAACAGAUGAGUUUGCGGUCGCAUACCUGGGGGAACCACUCAAGCCUAGCUUGCCAGAGCGAGACCCAUCGGUGCUAAGCAGCCUCAAGAACGCCAUCGCAUCUAUUGCGUCACCUUUGCCGUCUCACUGGCCAAAGGAGCGUCAGAACAGUGUGUUCGAUCAUGAUGCGAGAUCUUUGGAGGAGAGCCCGCAUGAUGUUUACUAUGUGGAAGACAACUCAAUCUACCACUCGAGCCAUUAUCAUUCUGGUAGUCAAGCAGGCCCUCACGGUAAAAAUGGCAUAGGUAGUUCUAGCUACAGACACACAAGCAACCACUGUCCCUUGAUUUUCCAGUCACCAACAUUGCCGCCUUCUUCUCCUCCGCCGCCAAUCGGCACACAACCCUACAAGUCCUCGAGACUGUUGAGCUCAUCCACAAAUAUUUCGGUGCCGGAAGGAAGUACAAUUGGAAACAUUGUUCAGCACUAUGUGAGCUCUGGAGGGCGGGAAGGAGACAAGAAUAGUCAUGAGCGACCUGGAAUUCCAGCCCGUCAGCUGAAUCUCUUCAACCCCCAAAACCCAAACAAACGUCAGUCACCUAGCUCUCCGCUAUAUGGACCACUCGAGCCUUCUGAACUUCGUGUCAAGAAGCAGCGAAAGACAGAGAACUACUUUGGGCAACCAUACUCUCAAUAUGAUCAGACAGAGAGUUCGGACUCUGCGAUGCCUAAGUCAUCGUCAAUUGAAGUUCAACACGGAAAUAGAGGCGCCGAGUACGGCCAAGGUACCAAAGAUAGUCAAGACGACAGUGGCCAGUAUGUCAACGAGUCUAGCUCAGACGUUGCAAAUUCUACUUUGCCUAGUCUUCCGCGCAUCAGCCACAAAAACUCUCAUCGAUACAGCCAAGCCAGAAACUCGUUGCAGCGUACAGGUCCAAAUCACAGUGUAUAUGAUGACGGAUUAGGCUAUGCUCGAAAGCCCCUCGAACGAGAAGUUAGCGAGGCAUUGAGACGUGCAAGUGGCUACAGUGCGUAUAGUGUGGAUAGUGUUUCGUCCUCGCUCCUGGACUUUGGUGCGAUCAUCAACUAUGGCAAGAACCCAGCGAACCAAAGCCUGGUGAAGCUCACUGAAGGACAGAAUGGCAAAGGCAAAGGGCAUGCACAUUCGGUAGGUCAGCAUGGUGGAGUACACAUCGUGGACAAGCAAGGGACGGGCUUUUACGAUGAAAGUGCAAUUCCAUCCGAUUGGAUCAACUCUCAUCAGAGUAUUCGAGUUCCAAUCAACCACAAUGUCGCCAACCAUGAUGUUUGCCCCGACUUUCCUCCAGCCCCUCCUACGGCUAUGGGAGCACAAAAAUCACGCAACAGACGCUCUACUCCGGACAGUGAUGCCAAUGACUGGGAGACUGUCGGAGAGGCGGAGAGUGCUUUUGGGCUUUUCUACGGGGACGAAAAUGACCCAGGAAUGCUUGGAGGUGCCUUCCAUCGAGCUGGCAGCAGCAUAGCAAAUACUUCUGAUGCUGGCUCUUCGAGCAUGGCUAUCGCAGAGCUCGAAGACUUCGGCUCGACAGACAGAAUCGCACAACACCCGGGUUCAAUUCAAUACUCUGGCGAUUACCGUCAGCGAGAGGUGAAGAAGCUCAAGGCCAAGGUGCCAGUCCUCAUGCCUGUCUUCCAAGAGCACAAGGUCAACGGAUAUCUUGCCGAUUCAAUGAGACUUCGGCAGCCUCAAAGUCCGGCCUAUUUCCAGAGCCCACCGCCACUCUCAGAGAACCAUAAGCACCCGUUCAAUUCAUCACCGCCGGACGUCGCACGAGUAAUCACACCCAAGAGUAUUCUCCGUAGCUUUCUCUCCCCAGGUGGGCCCAAGGAAAAAAAUGAGACCAGUAAGUCGAGGAAGGCUGAACAGAGAUCAGACUCAGAGUGGAGAGACAGCUACCGCCAACAUGGGCCUUACAUCAGCACUCAGAUCCACCCGUUCGCUCGUCAAGGUAUCAAUCAUGACCGAGAUCGACCAAACUCGUAUGCGUAUGUUGUGGAUCAUGCCCAUGAUGAGAGCAUGCCUGCUAUGAGCAGCAGCGAGCCUCCUGCUACUUCGGCCAAGUCGCGCUCUGAUAAAGACAAGAUGCCCCUCGAGGAGCUGAAUGAUGAGGUUGCGAAUCUUAUCGGUAAGAAGAGACCUGUGUUCCCUACCAGAAUCGAGCCAGCAUCAGCUCGUCGGCCUCCAGGUGCCUUUUAUCAAGGAGUGCGGACGGUCUCGGACCAACCUCGCGUUGUAUCUAACCAAAAUGAUGGCUUUGCAAAAAUUCUAGGAAACCGCAACGCAUCGAAGACGUAUGCAAGCAAGACUCUACGCCCGCUCUCUCUAGUUGCAGACCGACAGCCAUCUACCCCAGUCAGCUCCACCAUCCACAGCCCAUACGUUGAACCAAAUACAUUUGUCUACCGCUCUCCACUUGCUCCACUUAAGGUCAGAACAUGGGAAAAAUUGUAUUCAGUUUCGCGCCUAUUUGAAUUCAAGGAGAGAGCAAAGGCUGAUGGUUUCCAUAAUUCCCGAUCCACCAUCUCAGCUGAUGAGAGCGAAAGACUUGCGCGCCGGCAUGUAUACGAGCCUCCGAGACUGAUGUCGCGAGACGGACGAGGAGGGAGUAUCUAUAACAGUUUGAGCAGAAAGAGCAAGAUUUCCUGGGUUGCCUUUGCUAUCUGCGCUAUCUUCCCACCCGCCUUGGUCCUGUACUCACUCGGCGUACUGGACUGUGUCAUGGCUUCGUACAGCGAGAACGAGUUCUACGAGUUUGGAAAAAAGCAGAAGAAAUGGGCGAUGAUCGUGAUGGGCAUUGAGCUCUUGGUGAUUGGCAUCUUGGUCGCUGCAGCCGUUGGCCAGUAUCUACGCAAAUAG